AUGACGGUCUUCCUUGCCUUUGUACUGUUUGCAAUAACCACAUCUGGCUUAUCUGCACCAUUGAUUCAAAAUAUAGAGGAAGAUCCCGAAUUGAUAGCCGGCUAUUUUCAAGGGGAUAUUGUAUUAGCUCCUUCACAACGAAAUGGAGUACGUAACGAAACUCUACGCUGGCCAAAUAAUACCGUAUACUACAAGAUCAACGAUGGGUUUUUCGAUGAGGAGCAUAGGAAUCAUAUCCUACGAGGCAUUGAAAUCUUAGAAAGCCUUUCGUGUAUACGCUUUCAAGAAGCCACAACAGAGCAGACAUAUUACGUCAACAUCACUGGCAAUGAUGGCGGUUGCUACUCAAGCAUUGGUUGGUUGAAUGGCAUUCAAUAUUAUAAUCUUCAACAUUAUCCUCUUGAUACGGGCUGCUUCCGUCUCGGCACAAUUGUACAUGAAUUCCUGCAUACACUUGGCUUCUUUCACAUGCAGAGCGCUGCCAAUCGUGAUGAAUACGUACGUAUCGAUUUCGACAACAUACAAGAGGGUAUGGAGUUUAAUUUCGAGAAAUAUGACGAGGACUAUAUAGAUGAUUACGAGGAGGAAUACGACUACGGAAGUAUAUUACACUAUCACGAAUAUGCAUUCUCAGUGAAUGGUGAAAAAACUAUUAUACCAUUGAAAAAUGAAGGGGCUGUAAUAGGUCAACGACGGGGCAUGAGCAACAGUGAUAUCAAUAAAUUGAAUACAAUGUAUCGCUGUCCAAUAAAGGUUUAGUGAGAAACGUUCUUUGAAUGAUUAAAAAGGUGUUAUUUGUAAUUGGCCAAAGUGCAAUGUGAUUUCACAGAGGUAGUAAUAAAAUAAGCAGUAAGCAAAAAAAACAUCCGACUUCAUUUCUCAUAUACAAAUUUUAUUAUUAUUAAGUGCUCCGGUAAGGGCCUUAAUAAGAAAGAACAUUUCUUUUCUUUUUAAACUUGAGCGCAAUUAUAG